UUUUAUUUUGUUCAAACACACUGAAUCUUCUCCAGUUUCUCAGUUCAGCAGAAGAAUAAAACAAAUGAUUGUCGAAAGAUCUUGAAGUUUGUCUUAAAAAACAUCCCGCUGAUUUCAAUUUACAGCUAAAUUCAUUAUCAUAACUAACAGCGCCACCAGUGGUCAUUCAUUAAACUGUAGCUAACAGCGCCACCAGUGGUCGUUCAGUGAACUGUAGCUAACAGCGCCUCCAGUGGACGUUCAUUAAACUGUAGCUAACAGCGCCACCAGUGGUCGUUCAUUAAACUGUAGCUAACAGCGCCACCAGUGGUCGUUCAUUAAACUGUAACUAACAGCGCCACCAGUGGUCGUUCAUUAAACUGUAACUAACAGCGCCACCAGUGGUCGUUCAGUGAACUGUAGCUAACAGCGCCACCAGUGGUCGUUCAUUAAACUGUAACUAACAGCGCCACCAGUGGUCGUUCAGUGAACUGUAGCUAACAGCGCCACCAGUGGUCGUUCAGUGAACUGUAGCUAACAGCGCCACCAGUGGUCGUUCAGUGAACUGUAGCUAACAGCGCCACCAGUGGUCGUUCAGUGAACUGUAGCUAACAGCGCCACCAGUGGUCGUUCAGUGAACUGUAGCUAACAGCGCCACCAGUGGCCGUUCAGUGAACUGUAGCUAACAGCGCCACCAGUGGUCGUUCAGUGAACUGUAACUAACAGCGCCACCAGUGGUCGUUCAUUAAACUGUAGCUAACAGCGCCACCAGUGGUCGUUCAGUGAACUGUAACUAACAGCGCCACCAGUGGUCGUUCAGUGAACUGCAUCCUGGGCGUCGGCCAACAGAGACAAACACUGAACGCUGUAAAAUAACUGACGAUCAUAUUUAGAAUAACGUUACUAUCUGCAAUGUUCCUAUAUUUUAUUUGGACCGUUAGCUCCAUGCUAAUAACUAGCUCGCUGUUUACAAAUCAGCCAUCAGCCAACACCACGAAGCAACCAACACCAGACCCACAAUGCAACACCAAGAUACAGCUGAUCAACCUCAGUUAGCUUAGCUACAGUUAGCUAGCUGGAUGCCCCUGCCUCGCAUCACUCUUGCGAGCUAGCAACCUGAUGUCAACCAGCCACGCUGAAUAAUGCUAUCUGGUGCUGACAAUGUGACCUGCAAAUGGCAAACCAGAUCAGCGCCAGGACGUUAGCUAGCCAGCAAUUUGUCCAUGUUAGCAAGAAAGCUAACGUUAUCCAGCUAACAGCCCAAUCAGACAAUAUGUUCCACUAGCUUAGCAUUAAAGUUAGCUUUGACUUUGGACUCCAUUUAUAAGCAUAUAUAUGGAUGCUUUUAUUACACAACAUUUAACUUGUUAAGAUGACAAUAUUUGCAGUGAAAGAUAUUAAACAUUUAAUUAAUGUAAAUAAGUGAAACAAAAUAUUUAAUCAGGAUGUGAACAAAUUUAAUGAAAAUAUAAUCUAAUUGCAGUAAUAAACUGUUAAUUAAAUUAAUUACUGUCGAAGAUGACUCAACAUGUGAUCUGUGACAUCACAUAUAAGAAAACACAAUAACAAUAACAAUAACAAUAAUCAUCAACCACAUGAAGAAACAUUCAUAAUAAUAUUAAUGAAUGACCCCAAAAUAUAUCUUAUUUUAUUUUUUAACUUCAGCAGUAGAGAUUUAAUACACAGAAGAAAUAACUGAUUAAAAUCAUCAUCUUCAGUCUUUAAAAUCUGUGUAAUCAUUAUUGGUAAUAUAAACAGAUUCAUACACAUCUAUGUCAUUACUUAUUAUUUUAUAUCAAAGGUUUGAUUUUAAUGUCCAAAUAAAUAAAACUAAAAAAAAACUUUUAUGAUGUCUUUUAAAUGGACGAGGAGAUGGUGGCGCCCCCUGCAGUUAAUCUUAAAUGCAACAUUUUAAAAUAAUGUUUUUUAAAUAUGCAAAUGACCCCAAAUAAUGUCAUUAAAAUAGUUUGUUUAAAUUAAUAAAAUUAAACAAGUUCUAUAAUUUUAAAGAAUAACAAUACUGCCCCCUGCAGGACAAAAGAGGCUAUUGAUUAAUGUAAUUCUUGAAAAUUCUUUAAAAUAAUGUCACUGACACACACACACACACACACACACACACACACACACACAGACACACACACACACACACACACACACAGACACACCUGUGUGAGGGAGCAGGUUUAAGGCUGCAGGUGUGACAGGUGAAUCAGCUCUAAGUCCUGCUAAGAGGAUCACACACACACACACACACACAGUAACACACACACACACACACACACACACACACACACACACACACACACAGUAACACACACACACACACACACACACACAGUAACACACACACACACACAGUAACACACACACACACACACACACACACACACACACACACACACACACACACACACACACACACACACACAGUAACACACACACACACACAGUAACACACACACACACACACACACACACACACACACACAGUGUAAGCUGAGCUCUGCGUGCUGAGGAUCAGUCGGUGGUUGUGAGUCUGAUGUGGUCGAUGUGUUGAACAGAGGGAUGAUGGGAGCUGACAGCGACUUGGUGGGAACGAACCCUGAAAACACGAGUGACCUUUGAACCCGAGAGACACACUGAACCCGAGGCGUGGCGGGGUGAUGACCUGGCUCAGGUGGCUGUGGAGGAGCAGAGUCUGGAGAUGCAGAGCUGUGCCACCAAGCUGUCGACCAUCCGAGAGGUUCUGCUCAGGAGACACAUGAAGGUGGCGUUCUUUGGCCGGACCAGCAACGGGAAGAGCACUGUGAUCAACGCCAUGCUGAGAGACCGGGUGUUACCCAGCGGCAUCGGUCACACCACCAACUGCUUCCUGCGAGUGGAAGGAACCGACGGAGACGAGGCGUUCCUCACCACCGAGGCGUCCAAUGAGAGAAGAAGUGUCACCACGGUGAACCAGCUGGCUCAUGCUCUCCACAUGGAUCCGACCCUGGACUCUGGCAGUCUGGUCAAAGUCUUUUGGCCUAAGAGUCGCUGCGCUCUGCUGAGAGACGACCUGGUGCUCAUGGACAGCCCCGGCACUGAUGUCACUCAGGAGUUGGACAGCUGGAUCGAUAAGUUCUGUCUGGACGCCGAUGUCUUCGUUCUGGUGGGGAACGCAGAGUCCACGCUCAUGAACACAGAGAAACUUUUCUUCCACAAAGUCAGCGAGAGAAUAUCUAAACCGAAUAUCUUCAUCCUCCACAACCGAUGGGACGCUUCAGUGAGCGAACCUGAGUACAUCGAGGAGGUGAGGAAGCAGCACCUGGACCGCUGUGUGAGCUUCCUGGCCGAGGAGCUAAACGUGGUCGGUCUGGACGAGGCUCCGGGGAGGAUCUUCUUUGUCUCGGCCAAAGAGGUCCUGACCUCCAGGAUGCAGCGAGCGCAGGGCAUGCCAGAGACAGGUGAGCCAGGUGGCGCUCUGGCUGAAGGUUUCCACGAGAGACUGAGAGAGUUCCAGAUGUUUGAGAGGACGUUUGAGGAGUUCAUCUCUCAGUCCGCAGUGAAGACGAAGUUUGAGCAGCACACGGUGAGAGCGUGGCAGAUCACCGAGGCCAUCAAGGCUGUGAUGGACGCCAUCAACAUCGCCUCUGCAGACAGGAAGAUCUUCUGCCUGGAGGAGCGCGAGGAUCAGAGGGACCGGCUGGAUUUUGUUCGAGGACAGAUUAACCGUCUGACUGACAACGUCAAAGAGCGGAUCAGGACGCUGACGGAUGAUGUCGCUGCCAAGGUGGCGACGGCUCUGUCAGAUCAGAUCCGGUCUCUUCCUGUUCUGGUGGAUGAGUUCAGAGCCGAUUUCAACCCGACGCAAGAAACUCUGGAGCUCUACAAAACUAAGCUGCUGCAGCACGUGGAGGAGCGGAUGGUCGGCUGUUUGGCUCAUCGCUGCUCCGUCAGCGUCCUCAGAGACAUCAGAGACGCUCAGAGACACAUGAUCGACAGUGUCCGUCCUCUGCUGUCUCUGUCCGUCCAGGAGCAGCUCUUUGCUCCCUCUGCCUCCUUCGAGUUGACCUACGACCUCGGCCUCGCCGCCAUCUGCGAUGAUUUCCGUGAAAACAUUGAGUUCCAGUUUUCUCUGGGCUGGACCGCCCUGGUCACCCGCUUCAUUGGAGCCACCAACGCCAAGCGAGCACUGAGCAGCUCCAACCCACAACUGCAGGAAAGCCCCUCCUUUAAGGAUGAGAUGGUGGUUUCCAUAGCGACUGGCCUGGUCUCCGUCACCUCCCGGGCGUCCAUGACAGUGCUGGUGAUCGGUGGAGUGGUGUGGCGUUCGGUGGGCUGGCGUCUCAUCGCACUCUCGCUCUCCCUGUACGGUCUCCUCUACCUGUAUGAGAAACUCACCUGGACCAACGCCAGCAGAGAGCGCGCUCUGAAGCGGCAGUUUGUGGAGCACGUCGCCCACCGCCUGAGAGCUGUCAUCCCUAUCAGCAGCUCCGCCUGCAGCCAGCAGGUGAACAAGGAGCUGACGUCCACGUUCAGCCGUCUGUCCCAGAGAGUGGACCUGAGUGAGGCUGAGCUGGAGGGAAACAUCCGACAGCUGAGCUUCAGGAUCCAGAGGCUGGAGAAUAUCCAGAGGAGGUCCAAGGCCUUCAGGAACAGAGCCACAGAGCUGGAGACUCAGCUGGAGGCCUUCUCUGUUCAGUACCUGCAGGGAAACUGAAGAGGACUGAGGUCUGUUGGUGGACAGCGCCCCUCGCUGGUGGACUGUAUUGUUUCCUCCUCGCAGCAGAUACAGGAAGCAGGGUUGAUACUGCAGUUAUCAGUUGUAGCAGUGUUUAGUGCUGAUUUGACAUCUACAUUGUAGAUAAAGGAUCAAUCAGUGAUCUGUCAGAGUGGAGCUGCCCCUUGCUGGCCGUCAGAGAGAAUGCAGGUUGAAUUCAAGCUCCACCUCAGCUGUAUCACAGUCUUCCUCAGCGAUGCAGUCGUCAUGAAGACUCCGUAGCUAAUGAUGACUGUAUUUUAGAAUCUUUUACUAAUGAAUGAAUGAUUAAAACAGAUUAGAUCAUCAGUUCACUUGUCUAUAUCCGAUUAGUUCAAGUUUAUAUGUGAGCUGUUUAAUGAGCCGAUCACACAGAGACAUUUAAAUAGUGUUUAUCCUGCGUACGGCACGCCCAGUGGGCUCCGCUCACGGACGGAGGAGAGGGAAAGUGACUCAUCUAGAGCUCAACGUCGGCUUCAAUACAGUUUCGAUCUGAAUCAUUUGAUCAUGCGGUUGCGCGCUCAGACGCACUUUGGUGUUUCUUAAGUGGUUGCGCCUGUAGAGGGACUGACAGGAAAUAUCACUAAAAUAUUAUCUCUGGUGAUAUUUUGGAUUCUCAGAAACACUGAAUCAAUUUUUUGGUUUAAACCCUCAACAGCUGAUAGCAGUGUUGUAAACUGAUCAAUAUAAAUGCAAAUCUGAGAUCACACACUGUUCUGGUUGCAUAACAAAUCUUUAAAAUGAGAAUACAUCAGCGUGUUUACAGUAUCGCGAUAUUGAAUGUAACCUCUGUAUUGAGGUACGUAUUGUACUGGUCGUGAUACGUUUCUGUGUGACCGGCCGCUAACUGAUAAGAUGGACUCUGUAAGCAUGCAUCAUUAAUCAAUAUAUCUGUGGCUUAUUGAUCAUGUGAUGAGAACUGAGGUAAAUUAUGUUUGUAUUCAUGUUAUUUUGUCAUUAAAGUCCCCACAAGGAGCUUUCA